AUGGUUCCCUUUCGGAUAACCAAGCACGUCGAGCCGCUCCUCACAGCCGCUAUAUUUGGCAGCGCAGGUAUAGUUUUAUGUCAUAUAAUCUCCUACGGCAUCUACAACUCCAACUAUGCCGAAAAUGCAUGGCAAGAUCCUGUCUGGAGAAAUAUGAGCGCGGCGCUCAACGUCACGCAAGAGGUCCUCAUCGGCCACAUUGUCAACAACACAUGGAACCCAGACGACCACCUCAACAACAAGCACUUGGACUUUGACGCACGAGGUGUGGCCCGGGGUAUCCUCCACUACGUUAUGAUGGUCCCUGUGCAGUAUUUUUGGCACUUGUGGCUGGAGAGGAUGUGGCCCGGGCGGCCGCAUGAGCAUCACUCGGCCAAGUCUAUUCGUGGCGGAGGCGAUGAAAAGUCAGCAAUGUUGGAGGACGAAAUGAUUCGCACCCUGGUUGAAAAGGGAAAAGUAAAGCGCCCAUCGCUGAGCAUCAUCAACACGCUCAUCAAGUGGGUGCUGGAUAUCACUGUUGGGCGGAUAAUCACUUCGACGCUCAUCGUGUUUGUGCUGCGGAUUGAUCUCGAUGGCGGGGAUGUUCCGCGUUCGGAAUACCUACUCUACACAGUGUUUAACCUGGUGUACUCGUGGCUGUCGGCGCGGCCGCUGUCUUCGCUGCUAAGCAUGAUUCUUGUACCGGCUCACCGAAGAAUCCUGUUUAUCGAGGCCAUGGAUAUAGUAGGCACAGCGUUCAAAUGUGCAUUUGAGGUUACCGUGGUGCCGUGGCUGUAUGGGACGGAGCCGGCGCAGUUGAUUAUGCAGAGGAUAACGGCGACGCGGUGGAACGAGGUUGUUGUGCAGGCUGCGAUUAAGAAGGCCGAGGGGUUGUAUGGCGGGAGAGAGCGGAUGUAUGAGGAGAUUGGUGGACGGGUUGGUGGCGAGAUGGAGUGGCAGCGCGAUGAUACUUGGGCGAGACAUGAUGAGUUUUGA